GCAGGUGUGUUUGGCAUUAACAUGAAGACACAGGGCACAUGCUGGAUCCUUCUCACAGUGUUUGUCGAAAUAAUUGUUGUUCCUGUAACACAUUAACCUCCUUUGUUUCAGUUAAUGGAUCCAUUUUGAACGGAAUUAACCACCCGCGGCGCCUCUUCGCGCCAAAACCCCUCUAUAAAAUCGACUUCGCGCCAACUAACUCUUCAAAUCCCGCCAAUUUACAAAAAGCCACUUUUUUUAUUUAUUUACUUUAUAAAUAUAUAACAUUUUAUUAACUAAAUUGUACACAAAUACUGUCAUUUCCUCUCAGGAUCUCCUCGAGGACCACCAGUCCCGUUCACACCUCGUUAACACCGCCAUUAGAUUUGCUUUACAUUCGCUGAUUGUCCAUUUACAUUUGCGACUAAAUAGGCGCUCUUUACAACUGUUGACCAACAUCAUAUAUAAAACGCUCUCAAAUCUGGCUGUUCUCCAGUCAAUCUCGAGCUCCUGAAAGGUCAUCAUGUUGUAUGCAAUGUUCUUUGCAAUGUUGUCCACAAUGAUGGGACUCUCUUUCGCCCGGCCCGGGUUUUUCAACGAGCUGGAGGAACAUUUAGCGGUGGAAAGCGAGCCUAAAGUGCGGUCGGAGGCGAUCAGGAGGCUUUUGGAGGUGUUUGGGAUGGAAGAUCCUCCUGCUGCUUUGGGUCACAAACAGCCUCCUCAGUAUAUGCUGGACCUGUACAACACCAUCGCUGAUGUCGACGGAGUCACCAAAGACCCGACGCUGCUCGAGGGAAACACGGUCCGGAGCUUCUUCGACAAAUUGCACAGUGAACGAAUCGAGUAUCUCUUCAACAUGUCCACUGUAGCCAAGAGUGAGAAGAUCCUGACGGCUGAACUUCACCUGUUCAAACUCAGACCAAAAACAUCAAUCGUCUUAAACAGACAUCACUUCUGUCAGGUCAGUGUGUAUCAGGUUCUGGACAGCAGCAAAAAAAACGUCUCGCAAGGGAAGAAGCUGCUCUCAUCCAGACUGGUUCCAAUUCACUCUACUGGCUGGGAGGUUUUUACCAUCACUCAAGCUGUGCGCUCGUGGAUGUCGGACGAGGGCAGUAAUCUGGGUCUGCUGGUCUCAGUCAGGACUCUCGCAGGCUCUCAGAUGGACCUAAAAAUGGUGCGUUUCGCAUCAGGUCGGGAUCAUCAUCACAGCAAACAGCCCAUGCUGGUCCUGUUCACUGAUGACGGGAGACGAGCUGCUUCUCUGGAGGCUACAAGUAAAGGUUCAGAUGUUUCUCCUGGCGGCUCCAGUCAGCCGCUUCCCAGUGUCCCGGCGUCCCGGCGUAGCUCUCGCUCUGUGGAUUAUGACGAGAGAGGAGAAAAGAUGGCCUGUCAGCGUCAGCCGCUGUACGUUGACUUUGAGGAGAUCGGCUGGUCCGGUUGGAUCGUAUCUCCCAAAGGAUACAAUGCGUAUCACUGCAAAGGCUCCUGUAUAUUUCCCUUGAGCCAGAAUAUGAGGCCCACGAACCACGCCAUCGUCCAGUCCAUCAUAAACACCCUCAAACUCAACAAAGGCAUUCAGACGCCCUGCUGCGUCCCGGACAAACUCUACAGCAUCAGCCUGCUAUACUUUGAUGAUGACGAGAAUGUGGUGCUGAAACAGUAUGAUGAUAUGGUGGCCGGAAGCUGCGGGUGUCGCUGAAAAAAAAAAAAAAACAGAUUUACCUCAGUGUUUAAUGCAAAAUCUGGAUAAAAUUGUAAAUAUGUACAUAGAUAGACAAUAUUAAUAUAUGGAGGAGGCUGAGACGAUCCCUUGUAAUAAAAUGUACAUUUUGUAAAUUGCAUGUCGUGAACUAUUAUGAAGUCUAAAUAAAUUCUUACGCAAAAA